UGAACAAGUAGGACGUCGAUAUAUCGCCGCGCUCCUCGAGUUUGUCGCAUAAACAUGGAAACACGACCUUAUUUACCGAAGAUGGCAAAUUUUUUAACAGCCCUUACGAUUUCGGGACUUAAAUAAACAGAAACGACGCAUUUCUCUCAAAAUAAUGGUGUUAACAAAGUAAAUUCAAUAUUGGAUUAGAGAAAAACAUCAGUAAUGUGGUGAAAGUGAAUAGUUUUUUCGUAACCAUGAACAAUAAAGAUGACGAGUGAACGACGUGAGCAGCACACCUGCAUCAAAAUGAGCAACGCAUUGAACUCGCUCGGCUACGGCGAAGCGUGCGGCGCGCGAUGGACGCUGGGCGCGCUAUUGCUGGCACCGCUGGCAGCCGCCAACUCUAGCUACUGUGCAGUGCCUGCGGUGCUGCUGCUAGCUGCUUUCAUCACUGUUGCCACUUUUACAUGCAAGGACCUGAAGAAGCUGGCCGAAAUACUACCACCGUCGAAAACGUCUAGAGGCCGACGCGAGCGCAACCUGCGCUCUUUCGCCGACUUCAUGGCGAUGUGGAUGACGUUUCUGUCUCACCUGGUGGCCGUGGCUAUCUGCGCCAGGAUCCUCAGCGCCACGGCUGACCACGUGACCGCCGGUCGGACCAGGCGAUGGCUGUUUGGGUACGAGACUAGAGCCCUGGGAGAACCCUGGCCUGAUGUAUUGGGGGUCACCGUCGUGAUGGUGGUUUGCGCUAUGUUCAUGUGUGGACUGGAGGAAAGUAUGAUGUUCACGUUUAUGUUGCUGAUUCUUCUGUACAUAUUUAGCCAAUUCUUUGCCAUUGUCGGCCUUAUGAAUUUGGAUAUUGCGAAUAUUAAUAUUCCUAUACCUAUAACAAUUAAUGAGAUGUUUGCUGCUGGUGCGCCAAUAUCUUACGCUUUUAGUGUAGUUUUACCUCCUAAGGAAAGUGGUUCUCUGAAGAAGAAUUUGAUACUUCGUAUUGGUAUGCCAACGGUCGUUCUUGCGGGUCUGUGCUUUUUGUACACCAAUAUGUUAAAAUCGCAUAGCAUUGACGCCGCGCUACCAGUCACAACGUUACUAGAAGCCAGGUCAGCUGGAUGGGUGUGCCCAGUCCUGGCUGCUGUCACAGUCGCUGGUGUUUGCCUAGCCCUCACUGAACUCUGCCCUCUGCUAUUUACUGUGCUUGUGGCCCUGGCUUCACCGGAGUGGAAGGUGCUGACCAGAUCCAUGACUUACGAAAGCACUACCACUGGUAGUCCAGUUCUAGCUGUAUUUACAGCCGGGAGUUUGGCAGCCAUCCUGGCGUUUGCGUGUCCACUAUCGCAUAUGAUUACCCUGAUGAAUGCAAGCCACCUGCUUGGCAUCACAGUGCAGGCGUUCCACUUCAUCAUCAUGCGCUGCGUGCCCACGGCCGAGCAGAAGGAAGCUGGAGACGUGGAGUACAAACGUCUUGGUACCGAGGGCAGUUCCCGAGCCAUGAAGUCAAGCAGCUCAAAACCCAAGCGAGGUCUGUGGUUUAUACCAUCAGCAAUACGCCACACUAAGACUUUGGAGAGCAUCAAGUCUAAAGUGACUGCAAAAGAAACAGAGGAACGCGAGUGUCUUCUACUUGACGAGUACUCUGGAUGUCCAACAGAAGAAAUAGACCAAGCGACCAGCUGUAGCAGUGGAAUCAGGGACUUGCCUACUGUUGAAGUGGAAGAUGUAGUGUCGGACGUCGAAGCUAGUGAGGGUGAACUGUCUUCAGGAGAUGACUCUACCGAUAUCGAUGCGGUAGUGAAGGAGUAUAGAGAUAGGAUUCAAGUGGUAACAGCGGUUCCCGAAGCCAGCAUGCCCACCCCGCCCAGCGUGCGGGGCGCGCGAUGGUCCGCAGUAGGGGCCGUGGUCCAAGUGCUGGCAGACGCCUUCAUAGCGACCGCUUUCUGCAAUGAGGCCAUCAGGGUGCCUAUGUUUGCGACUGGCGUACCUUUAUGGCUGUGCGGAACCUUCAUUACCGCGUGGCAGCCAGCUCACAACCUGGGCUUGAGGAAAACUCAAAGCAUUCAGGGGCCUGUGGCAAUGCUGAUCGCGCUGCUGUUCCUUACACCACUCCUGCUCGACUCCUGGCCGGCCAUCACGCUCUUUGCUGGAGCUGGCGUGGUGAUAUACGCCCGCUGCGAGCGCUGGUGCGGCGACCUGGCAGUGCGGCAGGCCCGUAGCGCCCUGGAGCGCCGCAAG